CUGUGUUGCCCAGUGUGCGCGUGCGUUCAACCGUGACGAUAUUUUAAGGUGAAGCUUAUACACGGCGUUCUUUUUUUCCUAUUGCUUCUUGUUCGUCGUUGUCUUCCCUUAACCUCAAGGAACGGCAUCAUCUCUAGUCACUCUCGUCUCAACAAUGGUCUCGAUUUCACUACUGCAGUCAUGAAGGAUCAACGAUACGACGACAUGAUGCCGCGCUGCAUAGUGGGCUUCUUGAACUUGACAGCGAUGGAAAAAGAGAUGCGAAGCGACAAUGACACUACUCUUGUUGGUAUGGAUACGCCGUAUUGCGAUCCAGACGGAAGUUAUGCUCCGAAACAGUGCAAGGAUGACAGGUGUUACUGCGUUCGACCGGAUGGGAGACCCUACGACAAUCAAGACACCGUUCCCCGGUAUUCAGUGGAAGAGCAAGAGAUGACUUGCAAUUGCUUGCGUGAAAAGGAGUUGUUGAGCAGCGCGGAAGUUCCGAUGACCAUGCUGAUAAGGACGUUCCUGCGACAUCGAUGCGCUCGCAACGGGAACUACCUUCCACUUCAAUGCACCACGUUCUCGUCUUGUCGAUGCGUCGACAAGGACGGCUUCCAAAACUCUCCGGACGUCAUGGUAUCCGAGCGACACAGUUUGCCCUGCUACAAGAGAGAGUACGACCGGUACUUUCGCGAGGAAAUCGAAGAAUUCGAGUGAUGGUGUUUCACGUUGUCGAUUAAUAAAGGUCUAUCAAAGUGUA